UCGGCAGUUGGCUCGCUGCUCAGAGAAGAGAAUCCGUUGUUGUGGAGAGGAAGAAAGGCUCGAGAAACCCGAGCAACGUUUAACGUUCAAACCACGAGCGUCAGCCCCUCGGUUCUGCGGGUCGUGUGUUUUUUUUUUCUUCUCGACUUACUUUUCCAGUUUUAUAUAGCUAGCAUGGCCUGUGGGGCAACAUUAAAGCGGUCGAUGGAGUUUGAGGCCCUCCUCAGUCCCCAGUCUCCCAAGCGUAGAAGGUGCAAUCCACUACCGGGGACUUCUGGCACUCCGUCCCCGCAAAGAUGCAACCUCCGUCCCCCGGUCGACAGCCCCGCGCACUCGAUGUCUCCCCCGGCUAUGGGAGGCGAACACAGGCUCACACCAGAGCAGAUCUUCCAGAACCUCCGUCAGGAGUACAGCCGGAUCCAGAGGCGGCGGCAGCUGGAGGGGGCCUUCAACCAGACCGAGGCCUGUAGCUCCAGUGACUCCCCCAGCCCCAGUUCCUCCAUCAACGCUCCCAGCUCCCCCCCAGGUGCCUCGAGGAAGGACCAGCCCUCGUUUACGCUGAAGCAGGUGAGCUACCUGUGUGAGCGGCUGCUUAAAGACCACGAGGAGAAGAUCCGGGAGGAGUACGAACAGAUUCUCAACACAAAACUCGCAGAGCAAUAUGAAUCUUUUGUGAAAUUCACACAAGACCAGAUCAUGCGAAGAUACGGAGCCCGGCCGGCUAGUUAUGUCUCUUGAACUCACCGCGAUGAGAUCCCAACCUCCUCUCACUAGACGGCGGCUCUUCUACAGCGCCCCCCCUCCACCUUCUUCUCCCAGUUAAUUUUCAUAUUAUUUCCCUGCCCUGCCCCCUCCCCGUGUUAAGCUGUUUGGGUGUCAUGGUUUGUCCCCUUUUUAAUCCACGUGUCGUUUUCUUACUUCAAAGCUGUUGCUGCUGGCCAAAAGUUACAAGAAUAUGAAAGAUAAACUUCAACGCCCACUUUUUCUUUUGUUCAUAUGCGCUUUGUGCAAAUCCUUACUGAAGCAGAUCUGUGUCAAAUCUCCAAAGCGUUUUGGCUCAUGUGAUCAUUCUGUAUAAUCUUCCAGCAGCUGUAGUUAAUGGCUCCUGCUUCUGACAUCCCGCCCCCCCCACACACACCCUUCUUGCCUUUUCCUGCCACCCCCACCCCCCCUCACAACUCUUUACCUAAAGUUUUUUGUCCCUUUUAAAAAAAAAAAAUAAAUAAAAAGUUCUGUGAUUUAAA